GUGUGUGUGUGUGCAGGAUGGCGCGGUUCGGAGAGCCCGGAGUGCCCGGUGGGGGCUCGGUGGCCCGGGGCGGAAGCAGGCAGGGAACUCAGCGCGUGUACAAGCAGUCAAUGGCGCAGAGAGCGCGCACCAUGGCGCUGUAUAACCCCAUCCCCGUGCGCCAAAACUGUCUCACCGUCAACCGCUCUCUCUUCCUGUUCAGCGAGGACAACGUGGUCCGGAAGUAUGCCAAGAAGAUCACAGAGUGGCCAUAUCCUUCAGAAACCGUGUGUGUGUGCGCGCGCGCGUGCGUUAAGUAGUAGUGAGUCAGAGAACUUGUGUUAUCUCGCAUUUGUGCCUUCUCUCAUUAACAGCUUUAAUUACUAUACAGAGGAGUGUGUGUGUGAGAGAGAGAACUUUGUGAACACAAAAUGAUUUUGAAAUCUUGU